AACACUAUCGAAAUAUUUACUUCCGUAGAAACAAAAAUGGCGCUCGCGACGCGUCUUCAGCAACCGAGUGAAGAUAAAUCACCUACGGACAUUACUUUAAAUCUAUCUUCUCUUCAGUUUGAAAGUGCAUUGGAUGAUGAUGAAAAAGAACUUCAAUAUCUUAGGAAGAGGGCACAUGCGCUGACAGUAACAUCAUGUGCUCAAGCAACAUAUUUUGUAUCGGUUUUACACGAAGCAAGGCAGUUAAAAAAUUGUCUCAAAAGUCCACAGAAAAGAUCAACAAGAAUACUUCAGGAUCAGAGUUCAAGAGAUCCAUUGAAAAUUGGCAUUCUUGGAUGCGGAAGACUUGGUAGUCAGUUAGCUCAUAGUUUCAUCACAUACGGAAACAUCAACCCAAAAGAUAUAAAAAUAUCCACACGUAGACCAGAAACAUUAGAAUAUUUAUCAACUAAAGGAGUUGAUUGUUUCCAUGACAAUAUAAAGCUAGUGACAACCUCACAUAUUGUAUUCCUGUGUGUACUACCGUCACAAGUACCCACAAUAGCAGAUGAAGUAAAGGCAGACAUUCCACAAACUUUAUUUCUGUACAGUUUUGCUAGUUCGAUAUCAGCUAGAAAACUACGCCAGCUGUUUGGAACAACAAGUAUAAUACGUCCAGAUUAUACAUGGGAUCAGACCAAUGAUAAUGAAGGCUGGGAUUUUUCUAUAAAUGUGAAUUCUGCGCUGGAAAAUAAAACUAUUGUUUCAACAACUUGUCCAUUGAGAAGACAGAAGUCUGUUAUUACAACAAACCCGAAGUUGGCAGAGUUGAUGAUAUUUGUGUUGGUGAAUAUGUGUACCCAUCUAAAGUUAAACAAAUACGAUGUUAUAGAAAUGUUGCAUAUAGUGAUGUUCAACAACACGCCAGAAUGUCGACUAGAGCUGAAUGACUUCAUCAGAAAAUCGGCGGACAAGGACGAGCUGUUUCCACCGUUUGACUUGCUGAAAGUUCUGGAGAGUAACACAGCAGUUCUGAAGAGACUGAACCAGUACGAGGGAUUAUAUAAUGCUUUUGUUAACAAAUAUAACCAUGUGUUUGAGGACUACCUGAAACAAAAACUUUACAAUGAAAUGUAUGGAACAUAAAUAGCAUUACCAAAGUUUUAAUACUGCUUGUCCUGAAUGGAAAAAAGAGCCUCAGAAAUGUUUUCUUACACAUUUUUCAUGUAUUUUUAUCCAUCCUAAGGCGGGCAUAUUAAAAUCGCACUGUCCAUCUCUACUUGCAUGUGUCCAUCAGUGUAAAUUCUUGUCCAGGCUGUAACUCUGCCAUUCAUAAAGGAAUUUUGAAAUAACUUGGUUUAAAUGUUCAUCAUAAUGAAACGUGUCAUGCACAAGACACAGACCCCUAGCUCAAAGGUCAAGGUCACUCUUAGAAGUCAAAGGUCAACAGGGUCUGUUUCAUGUCUAGUUAAUAACUCUGCCAUUCAUCAAGGGAUUUUGAAAUUACUUGGCAUAAAUGUUCCCCAUAAUGAGACGACAUGUCAUGCGCAAGAUCCAGACCCCUAGCUCUAAGGUCAAGGUCACACUUAGAGGUGAAAGGUUAACAUGGUCUGGUCCAGAACUCUGCCAUCGAUGAAAGAAAUGUUCUGGGGCAUUUGUCACUAAUAGUGUCAGCUCUUGUUUAGAAACAAGCUUUUUUGCAAGAUUUGAAAUAGGGGGUUACAGUUAUAGUCAUUUAAGACAAUUAUGUUCUUAUGUUAGCAUGCUUAAAUCUCUGUCUUUUGUCCAGGUGGAGUCAAUUUAUAAUGAUAGGCAUACAUUUCCACCUAAGGUAUACGUAUUUUAGCAAAUUUAAGCAAAAUACACAGAUGUUGAACUGAACUUGGCAUUUUGCACACAAUAUAAUUACAUGUAUAAAGCAGUUCAGUAAUUGUUUCUCAGACUCUGCGAUAAAAGUUAACAUCAUUGUAAUUGGCGGAAUCGAUAGGGCAUAAUACUUCCGAUAAUGCAUGACAACAGUUUCAGAUAUGAGCAAGACAUAUUUUCUCCAUGACUGACUUGAGACAUUUUAUCUAAGCCACACAUUCUUGGUUACUUUUGGAAAACGGGUUAAAAUUUGUAAGCAAUCCAGGAAAAAAGUGCUUAUAUUAGCUUAUCACCAUAAUUUUAUGAAUGAAAUACACUGCUUACUUCUUUUUCAUGCAGAGAUUUUAUUUUGGCCAUAUUGGUAGUCAGCAAUAUUGUGUUUUGUUUCUUCAAGCUACACAACAAUGUUAAAUGAUUUUAAAAUCAAAACAUUUUCUUUUUGGCAGUCGUAGCGGAAGUUUUAUUUCGGCAUUUGUUGAUUUGUUGUAUAGGCACAAUUCCACAGCGCAUGAGUUGUGAAAAGUUACACAAACAAUUUUAAAAGUUAAGCUACUAAAUUGAAGCUAAAACUGUACUGCCAUUCUGUGAUAUCUAUUUGUUAUCUAUAAAAUUAUUGUAAUAUA